GCGGGGCCGGGACGCGGCGGCCAAUGAGGCGGCGCCGCCGGCGGCGCGUCGGUGGCAGUGGCGGCCGAAGCGGGCUGGGAGGGCGCACGCAGCGUGAGCGCCGCUCCGUUCCCCGCGCGGGCGGAGCGGAGCGGGCGGGGGGUGCGAAGCAGAUCUCGGCUCCGGGGAGUCGCGGCCGGGACAUGGCGGCGGCGGCGGCCGUUCGGCGGCGGCGUCCCUGGGCCCUGCUGUGCGUGCUGGCGGCCGCGCUGCUCUACCCCGUGACGGCCGAAUUAGAGUGUUACUGCCAUCUAUGUACAAAAGACAACUUUACGUGUGUGACAGAUGGAGUAUGUUUUGCCUCAGUAACACGAACUGCAGACAAAAUAAUACACAAUAGUAUGUGUAUAGCAGAAGUUGAUCUGAUUCCCCGAGACAGACCGUUCGUUUGUUCCUCCUCCACCAGAGAUGGAGUCUUUACUGUGCCUCAUUGCUGUAACACGCCUCUCUGCAAUAAAAUAGAACUUCCAAUUCCAACACCAGGCCCUACUGCAGAAAAACCAGCUUCUAAUCUAGGACCCGUGGAACUGGCUGCUGUCAUUGCUGGACCUGUCUGCUUUGUCUGCAUUUCACUAAUGUUGAUUCUGUAUAUUUGUCAUAAUCGUACUGUAAUUCAUCAUCGUGUGCCAAGUGAAGAAGACCCUUCAUUGGAUCGUCCCUUUAUAUCAGAAGGAACUACCUUAAAGGAUUUAAUUUACGAUAUGACAACUUCAGGCUCUGGUUCAGGUUUACCUUUACUUGUGCAAAGAACAAUUGCAAGAACUAUAGUACUUCAAGAAAGCAUUGGUAAGGGUCGCUUUGGAGAAGUCUGGCGAGGGAAGUGGAGAGGAGAAGAAGUGGCUGUGAAGAUCUUCUCUUCAAGAGAGGAACGUUCAUGGUUUCGAGAAGCAGAAAUUUAUCAAACAGUUAUGCUACGCCAUGAAAACAUACUUGGAUUUAUAGCUGCAGACAACAAAGACAAUGGUACAUGGACUCAGCUGUGGUUGGUGUCAGACUAUCACGAGCAUGGAUCACUCUUUGAUUACCUGAACAGGUAUACAGUAACAGUGGAAGGAAUGAUAAAAUUAGCUUUGUCCACUGCCAGUGGUCUUGCUCAUCUGCACAUGGAAAUUGUUGGCACACAAGGCAAACCAGCAAUUGCUCACAGAGAUUUGAAAUCAAAAAAUAUAUUGGUGAAAAAGAAUGGAACAUGCUGCAUUGCAGACCUGGGAUUGGCAGUUAGGCAUGAUUCAGCUACAGACACAAUUGAUAUUGCCCCAAACCACAGAGUGGGAACAAAAAGGUACAUGGCUCCUGAAGUUCUAGAUGAUUCCAUAAAUAUGAAACAUUUUGAGUCAUUCAAACGAGCAGAUAUCUAUGCAAUGGGAUUAGUCUUUUGGGAAAUUGCUCGGCGAUGUUCAAUUGGUGGAAUCCACGAAGAUUACCAAUUGCCAUACUAUGACCUCGUUCCUUCAGAUCCUUCUGUUGAAGAAAUGAGGAAAGUUGUGUGUGAGCAGAAGUUAAGGCCCAAUAUUCCAAACAGAUGGCAGAGUUGUGAGGCAUUGCGAGUAAUGGCAAAAAUUAUGCGGGAAUGCUGGUAUGCCAACGGAGCUGCCAGGCUGACAGCUUUGCGCAUUAAGAAAACAUUAUCGCAACUUAGUCAACAGGAGGGGAUAAAGAUGUAAUCCUGGAUUUGCUACCGAAGAACACUGUAAAAAUCCCUAUCUGCACCAGAGUGGCGUGUUAAGAUGGUUAAUUGUUCUACCUCACUGGGGGAACAGAAGGAUAUUGCUGCCUUUUAGUACUUCAUAGGAACGUCACGUAUUAGGAUUUUUGUGGAUGUGCUAAACAGUUGUGUUGGGUCCUUUCUGUGCACUAUGAACCUCUUUCCCAGGUUACUUACAAAACAUCAUGUAUUCUAGUUUUAUUAACUUGUAAUUUUUUAUUUGGAAAGUUGAUAGCUGGUUUUUACUAGUUAACUGUGCUAAAAGUAGGAGGUCAUUUCUAAAAUGGAACUGGCUCACUAUAUUGUUCUAAAGUGCAUCAAUGGCUCUUCAGGCAACUUUAUUCCUGGCUGGUACAUUGACUAUUCUGAACCACUGUCUCAAUUCCUUGAUUCAGAUUGUGAAUGUACUAUUGGAGUAUACUUUGCUUGCUAUUAAGGUAGUGUAUCUUUUGGACUCUGAUCUUGACUUACAAAUUGACCUCAUUCAGUUGUGGGAACAUAACUUAUGCAACUAUACCUUAUACAUGAUUACUGGGUUUUUUCCACUUUUUCAGAACAUUACAUUGCCUUCAAAAUAGAUUGUAUCACACCAGUAAGUGCCACUUUUGAGUCUUUUAAUGCAAAACAGUAGGAACAUAUGAAGCCUUUGGUACUUUUGGUUUCAAAAAUACAAGUUAAAAAUCAACUGUUCCUUUGCCUAGCUAAGAUCUAAUUCUCACUUGUUUCAGCAACGUAAUUCAUGGAAUGUUUUUGAUUUUACCAAAAUCUGACUCUUGAUACCACUGUAGGAGUUUUAAAUAGUGUAAGAUAGUAAAUUCAGUCAUAUUUUGUAAUUGUCAAGUUAUGAGUCAUAAUCAUGUAGAUGAUUUUUUUUUUUAAUGAAGUGGUACUUCUAAAAUGCUUAAAGUACCUCUUUACUUCAGAAAAGUAGCAAGAAGAGUAAAAUGUUCUUAAGGGAGACUUUGUUUCAUUAAAUCAAACAUGAAAAGCAUAUUUUCUGUGCAGUUCUGCUGAGUCUUAAGGCUCAAAGAACAAUAUUUGCAAUUAAAUGAGGAUCAAGUGCACCUGUAAUUAGAGAAAAGUUAUUUGGGCUUUUGUACUAGAAAGUUCAAAGCUGCUUAAAGAUUUUAUGUGCAUAUAUGUUGUGUGCCUCAUACACAAAGUGGUGAGCUGCAGGUCUUUGGAUAAAAAUACCAGAGGAUUCCAGCAAUCCUCUUCAUAGUUAGAAGAACAAAGCUUAUGGUGACUUGUGUUGUCAUAAGAACACAAAAGAAUAUGCAUGGCUUUAGUCAAGAUUUCCGUGAGAUUUUAAGGGUAUCAUAAAAUCUUCACAAACCUGUAUAGAAAUGGAAUUGCUUCCUGCCCAAAUGUACAACUUCUGGAGGGGAUGGGAAGAAUUAAAUGGAAAAUUGUCCCUAAAAAACUGCUGUUACCAGGAUAUUUUAAUUGCAGUUUUAGGAAGAGUCUGGUUGACCUUUGGUUUCAUCAAUGCCCAAAACAGUCCAUAGUAUUUCAGUGUGUAAAUAUGCCUGGCAGUUAAUAUGCCCCCUCACCUCCUACUCUCAGAACACAUCUUUACCCAUCCCGUUACACAACAGACAUGGCAAUGUUAUCUUUGCUUCCCUUUCAUCCCUCAGCCCACUGAGAGUUGAUCACAAAGCUGGUAGCAGUGAUUGCUGACAGCAGCAUAGUCUGUGACGUGGUAGCUAAAGCAGGAAGAUGAGUGGGGCCUAGUAAGAAGAGGCUACAUAGGUGACUUAAGCCUUAGCCAAGAUAAGCCUUUGCACUUCACUAACUUCUGUGUUGUUGCCUGCUUGGAGGUCAGUUUGGUUGAUUUGGGAAUUACAGACCCUCAGAGGUUGAACUGCAAAUAAUGAAAUGCUUUAUUUGGCCACAUUUAUGGAUGAGUUUACUCAUACUGGAAGACAGCAUUCAGGAGAAAAGGAAAAACUAAGGAAAACAGUUAGGCUUAAACAUAUGUACAGCUGUCACAGUUGUGUUUGUUUGGCACUAUCUAACAAGUCAGGCUUAUGUGCUUCAGGCCUCCAUCAAUCAAAGCUGAAUUAAAAGUUACUUCAUGUAGGUAUUUAAAUACGCUAUGCCUGUGUGCACAUGGACAGCUGUGCACCACAGCAUUUUUCAGUUAUGAGUGUUCAGAAAAAAUCACAGAAUAUGUUGAGUUGGAAGGGACC